AUGCGGUCUAAAGCUACUCCGGACAGCGUUUGUCCCGAGUGCCAAUAUGUUGCUGAGAGCAUGUCCAAGCUGUUCGACCACUUUGAUUCUAAUCACUCAGUUGAAGCCGGCUUCUCCUGCACUUGUGGGCUGUCAUUUUGUCGGUUGCCAGCGUUUUUGAGACAUUAUAUAGCAUGUCCACUGGCUACAAACGACUUACAGGAUUCGAGUCUCUCAAUGCGGUCUAGCCCGACAACUCCAACGAAAACUCAUGAUGAAAUAAAGCGAUCAAGUUCUCCCAAUGUUUCGUGUCCUGAGCCUAACGGAAGUACUAGCCCCGAAACUAGUUUGCAGGAGCCACUGUCGUUUUACAACUAUUAUAAGCAUCCUCCUGUGGUGCCAAUUAAGGGUCCCUCAGACGACAGACCUUUUGGAUGUCCAAAGUGUCCGAAGGGUUUUAAAAGUAAAUCACUUUUGGAGCAACACAUGCACUUGCAUUAUCCUCCGAGGUACAAAUGCCGUUGGUGCUGCAAAGUCUACCGUUGGCCCCCGGUUUACUACCACCAUAUGCGCACCUGUAAAAAGAUGCUUGGGUGCGAUGCUGAAUCAGAUACGACUACCAAUGCAAGCCCUACGUCAACAUCAGUAAAUGAUAACGCUGUUUUGGAUUUAUCUCAACCUGCCAAAACUGUAUCGGUCGGCACAAAGGAAGAGAAUUUGGUGAAAUCUACUGCGCCUGUUGAAUUUACCUGCCCUUGUGGAGUUUCUCUUCCCGAUGUACAGUCGUAUUUUAAGCAUGCCGCCAAGUGCCUUCAUUUUAUCCAUCCCCUUCGUCCUCGUCUGCCGGUUAUCGAUACAUUCAAACCAUCUGAACAAGUUCUGCUUUCAAAGUCCCGGUCUAGACGAUUUAUAUGCAACAUUUGCGCCAAGGACUUUACCUCGAAACUCUCCUUAAAACAGCAUGUCGACGGAAAACACAGAGCGGAGGGGAAGUAUGUUUGUAAGCUCUGCGGCAAACGCUACAGAUGGGGUGCCUCAUUCUACUACCACCGGCGCACUUGUUCCAUAGCAAAUGGCGUGGAUCUUCCCUCUGCCGGAGUUCUGCCCCGCCUUCCUCAUAUUUCGCAACCCUCAGCGUAG